AACCUUUCACCGUUCGCUCCUUCUUUUUCACCUUACUUGACCUUUUAUUGCUUUAACGCGCCUUAGCUCGCCUUUUCUGUUGCCUUUUCUUGCGUUCGCACUUCAGACUGCUCGAUUUUUUUGACAACGAGAACUGUCAAGAGCAAAUGACAGAUCUCGUUGUCAAAUCAGUCGAGCAGUUUGUUUUGAACUUUUCAUUUUUUUCACGUUCACAUUUGUUGGCCAAAAGAACCUGUGCCGCGGAGAAAACGGUAUUACGCGGCUACCGGUGGCCAAGCCGGAGAAGCAUCUGAUAAUACCGGCUUUGUUGGUACGACGACGGCGAGAACUUUCCGAGAACUGCUCGCUGGUUCGGGUGGCAGCAUCUUCGUCUCCCACCAGGGCCACCCCGAAUUUGCCCGCGGCCAUGCAAGUUUCGCUUACGAGUUACAACUAAAACCGUCGUUGAUUUAGCAAGUGACGGUUGUCCAACUGCACUAAAGUCUACACAGCUCAUGCCCCAAAACUGCGACCUUCACCAGCAACAACACCAUCAUCUACGGCGGCACCAGCCGAAGUUAACCCGAGGGCCGAGCUGAACAUUUUUCCGGCGGAAACACAAAAACGGCCACGUUGCCGCUUAACCGCACGACUACCAUUUUCGUUUACUGCCAUCAAAGUUACCGUUCGAAUCCAAGAAAAUCGUGCAAAAUGGCCGCCACUAGAAAGGACAUCGAAAAGGCCGCGACCCUUCACCGGAACCGCGUCACGCUGACCUUGCGCAAUGUCCGCAGCCUGGAGAAGGUGUGCGCUGACCUGAUCAGCGGCGCCAAGAAGCAGAAGCUGCACGUUAAGGGCUCGGUUCGCAUGCCGACCAAGAUCCUGCGUAUUACGACCCGCCUUGCGGUGAUGCACAAGCGUAUCAUCGAUCUGCACUCGCCGUUCGAGAUCGUCAAGCAGAUAACCUCGAUCAACAUCAAGCCCGGUGUAGAGGUCAAGGUCACCAUCGCCGACCCUUAAGCUGGAUAGUUCCACCACAAUCCGGAAUGUGAAGCAGUUUUCCGGUGAUGGCCAGCGUAAAAGGUCCAACGCGGAUAUUUGAGGCCUUUGCUGCUCCGGCUGGGCGUUUGCAAACACCAACACGCAAAUAAACUUUUUAUAUUAAAAG